AUGGCUGUGAUGGAUCGAUUUAUGGAGUGGUGCCGUCAGACAUACAGUGGCGACCGCAGCCAAAACGCCAAUGCGCCCUUGUUGCCUAGUGAAAAGCGCCAUGUGACCUUUCAACCUCAAACAACGCGGCCUCGGUCCAAAGUAACCAAAUUCCUUGCCGGAGGUGCUCUCCUUGCCGCCGGCGUCUUGCUAUUCAACCAUUUAAUGCCUGCAUCCGAUGUUCUUUUCCAAGACUUCUCUACUAUUCCUUGGGACGAUGCCUCAGUUAUUAUCAAGACCGUACCAUCGAGCGAAUCCAUUCGCGAGUUCUUCCACUACUACGCAGCGGAACCCCACUUGGCCGGAUCGCAUGCCGAUAAGCGUCAAGCAGAAUGGACCCGCGACAAGUUUGAAGAAUUUGGUAUCCCGAACGCCACCAUCGAAACGUACUAUCCUUGGCUCAAUGUCCCUAAAACGCGUCGUCUCGCCAUUGUCAGUGGCCCCGAAGAAUUUUUGUACGAAGCCACACUCCAAGAAGAACCCAUUGCCAGAGAUCCCUCUUCAAGUCAUCCCGACGCUAUCCCUACGUUCCACGGCUACUCGGCUGACGGUAACGUCACCGGCUCUGUUGUCUAUGUAAACUACGGUCGUUUAACCGACUUUCAAUUCUUGGCUGCUCGUGGUGUGAACUUUACCGGCACGAUUGCUCUUAUGCGUCAUGGCAAUAUUGCCCGUGGCCUCAAGGUGGGAACAGCUGAGAAGUUUGGCUGUAUUGGCGCCUUGCUUUACUCAGAUCCCAUGGAAGACGGCCCGUUCAACAAGGAAAGUGCUGACGGCGAGCCAUCCGAAUCGUAUCCUAACGGCCCAUGGCGAUCACCAUCCUCAGUCGAGCGCGGUACUGUCCACUACAUGUCCAUCUUGCCCGGUGAUAUGCUUACUCCUGGCUACGCUGCUACCGAAAACGCCACCCGUCUUGACCCCGAAGAAGCUUAUGCCAUGCCCAAGAUCCCAUCAUUGCCGAUUUCGUGGUCCGAUGCCUUGCCACUCUUCCAAGCCAUGGAAGGUCUUGGUCUCAAAGGCGAAAUCGACUGGCUUGGUGGCCUUUGUGAAGUCAACUACUACAGCGGUCCUAGUGCUGCCCAGGUCAAUCUUGUCAAUAUUAACGAUUAUCAAAUCAAACCUGUAUGGAACGUGAUUGGCAAGAUCGAAGGUGCCAUUGAACCACAUCGUGCUGUUAUCAUUGGUACUCACCGUGAUGCUUGGGGAUUCGGUGGUGCCGAUUCGUCUUCCGGUUCUGCUGUUCUGCUCGAACUUACCCGUGUACUGGGUCUCCUCCUGGAACGCGGUUGGCAACCUCGCCGUACUUUGAUUAUCGCUUCCUGGGACGGUCAAGGCUACGGCUCCAUUGGCUCUACUGAAUGGGUCGAAGACAACAAGUCGUGGCUCGAUGAUGAAGCUAUUGUUUACAUCAAUGUCGAUCAAGCUGUAACUGGUCCCAACUUCUCAGCUCAAGCAUCGCCUUUGCUAAACAACCUGAUCUAUGACAUUACUCAAGAAAUCUGGGAUCCACGAACAAGCACGACCGUCUAUGAGGCCUGGAAGCAAGACCGGGAAACCAUGGCUGUACAGAAGCAUAAGAACCACCACGAUGAUGCUGGUGAAGCACCCAUUGCUCCACUUGUUAAGAUGAUUGAUCCUCUUGGCGGCGGUUCCGACUACAUGGCAUUCUUUGACCACCUUGGUAUCACCAGCAUGUCCAUGAGCUUCAAUGGCGACUACGGAGUUUAUCACAGCAACUACGAUAGUAUUUUCUGGAUGGAGCACUUUGGUGACCCUACCUAUGAAUACCAUCAGACGAUGGUUCGAAUUUGGGGUCUUCUCGCUCUGCGUCUUUCCAGCGAUGCAUUGAUUCCAAUGUCACCGCUGGACUAUUCCAAGGAGCUCAGCAUCCGUGUUGCAUCCAUGGCUGACGAUCAAGGUUGCGCCACAUUGCCCGAGCUCUCCGCUGCUGUUAGUGCCUUGCAUGAAACCACUAUGCAUUUUGAACACAAGCUACACAAAUUACACAAGAAGCUACACAAGCAUCACUUGGAUAUCUUCAAGCACAAGAAGAAGAAACUUUUGAAGAAGCUUGUCAAGUACAACGAGCGUCUGGCACAAUUCGAGCGUGGUUUCAUCGACCCUGUAGGCCUUCCUGGUCGUGAAUGGUUCAAGCACAUUGUGUACGCUCCAGGUCUUUGGACUGGUUACCAAGCCGAGAUGUUCCCAAGCAUUGUUGAAGCCAUUGACCAGGGUGCAAGCCCAAGCUUUACCCGCGAGAUGGAGGAGCGUGCUGCCCGCUUCAUCGAAAGCGCGCGUGGAUUGCUCAAGGGCAAGCAUGAGCGUCUGACUGGUGACGAUGGUGAUGAUUUGGAUGACGACGAGGACCAAGAAGAGUGA